AUGGCAGAUUAAUAAAAAAAGCGUUAAUAAGCAGAAGAAGUAAAGAAGUUAUAUGACCCAGAUUUCUUUUACGAAUAUGGCGAUAAUCCCGCAUUUAAGAAAUUAAUUUAAUUUUAACAAGAAAAUUGUUAAGGAGGUGCUAAUACUGACUACAGAACAUAUGUAAUUGAUAAAUAUUAAAAAAUGUUAUAUGCAAGAAAUUGGGAUGAUUUCCUUUAAAGAGAUUUAAAAGCAUUUACUUUUCCCAGAUCUUUUGCUAUUUGGGUAGGAGCCUCAUUAGGAAUGGCAACUGCAUCCAGAUGGUGUAGAUAAAUGAUUCCUAUUGGAAGUCAUGGUAUUACAAAUUUAAAUUAAACAUAAUUUUAUCAUCUUUUUGGGCCAGUGGGAGCUUUAGGAGUCUUUGGAUUUGCUUUUGGAUGUGGUUAUUUAUAUUAUAAAACAACACUUUUUAUGGCAAAUAAAUUCUACCAUCAUGUAAUAUUACAAGAAAGAAUGUGGUAAUUUGAAGCAGAAAGACAAAACCCAGGUUAUGGAGAAUACUUCUUUAAUGAUGUACCAGUAGCUGCAGAAGAAAGUUUCCCCGAUUUAGCAAGAGGAGAAAUGGCAAAAACUAAAAGACCAACCCCUACACAAGAUUUUUGAAUAAAAUAAUAAUAUAAUAUUAUUAUUAUUUUUAUUUAAAUAAAUAAUAAUAUAAAAUAAAAUAUUUUUUAUUUUUUUAUUUUUUUCAUAAAAAAUAUAU